AUGCAUAUGGAACCAAAAGUCGACUCGGCCUCCAUCCCGGAAGGAGGCCUAAUUGGCAACCUCGUGGUAGCAGGCAGUUUUAGCGCUAUCAUGGGUGGAUUAGGCCUGAUGAACAGCAUUGGAAUUUAUCAAGCCUGGAUCUCAACGCACCAACUGUCAAACAUUAGCGAAGGUCAAAUCGGGUGGAUCUUCGGUAUCUACAACUUCCUCGUCUUCUUCUGUGGAAUUCAAAUUGGUCCUAUCUUCGAUAUCAAAGGCCCUAGACUAUUGAUGUGGAUUGGUUCUAUCCUGUUGGUCCUCACAUUCGUUCUUAUGGGCUUUUGCACUCAGUACUGGCACUUCUUAAUUGUCAUUGGUAUACUUGGAGGAAUGGGAACAUCAUUCAUAUUCAUUGUUCCAGUAGCCAGUAUCGGGCACUUCUUCCUCAAGCGCCGUGGUGCAGCGACUGGUCUUGCGCUGGCAGGUGGAAGCAUCGGCGGCGUGAUAUUCCCCUUGGUGCUGCAGAACCUUGCCCCAGAGAUUGGGUUUGCAUGGGCCAGUCGAGUCGUCGGUUUAAUCACACUCAUUCUCCUGAUCCCCGGUCUGAUCUUUGUGCGCGCGAACUUCCCUCCGUCCAAGGUUCCCGCGGCGCCAUCUCUCAAGGUCUUCCUGCCUGAUCUGACUAUUCUCAAAGAUCCUAUUCUUGCACUGACGACUAUCGGUGUCUUCUUCAUUGAAUGGGGAUUCUUCAUUCCACUUGAGUACAUUGCUUCUUAUUCAAUUGCGAGUGGAAUAUCCCCUCGCAUGUCAUAUCUGAUGGUUGUCUUCCUAAAUGCGGGAUCCUUCCCUGGACGAUGGCUUCCGGGAAUCGUUGCCGAUCGAAUUGGACGGUUCAACACAUUGAUCUUGACCAACAUUCUUUGUCUGAUCUCUGUACUGGCUAUUUGGAUGCCCGCAAACGGAAACAUUGUUGCUGUGAUCAUCUUCUCUGUUGUAUUUGGAUUUGGAAGUGGUAGCAACAUCAGCCUGGUCCCUGUUUGUGUUGGAGAAUUGUGUCCAGUGGAAAAUUAUGGACGGUACUAUACCACUGUGUAUACUAUUGUCAGCUUUGGUGCAUUGACCGGAGUACCGAUCGCAGGAGAAAUCAUCCACCGUUGCGAGGGGGCAUAUUGGGGCCUGAUCUCAUUUGCCGGCUGCUCUUAUGCUGCUGGGCUGAUCUGCUUCAUUUCUGUGAAAAUUCUCCAAAACAAGAAAGCAAAAAAGGAGGUGAAGGUUGAAGUGGCGGAGGAAAAAGUUGAGGUGUCGGGUGUUUAG